AAAUAAGUCUAUUUACUGUCUUACGGAAUAUCUCACUCAUAAUCUAACAUCGAUGGGAACCAGUCAUUAAAAUGAUAAAAGCCUUAAUAUUUCUGUCAGCCCUAGUGGCGUGUGAGAGCCAGUUCUCUAGUUUUUGGGCGCCCCUGUUCGACCGGAGUAUUUUGAACUACAGAGUGGAUGCGAGUUUUGAUCCUGACGCGGGGAGGAGAGACAGGGAUGAGUAUGUGAAGAAUUAUGGUGUGCGUGGUGAGAAGCUUAUAGCGGAGUUGGGGAACGGUAGAGGGCCUAGCGGUGGUAGUGAUAGGGUAUAUGAUGAUGUAAAAUUCUACUACACUUACGGAAGAAAUGAUCUAGACUAUUAAAUUAUAGAAAAAAAAACAA